AUGGCUUCAAGGAACAACAAUUUCAUUUUUAUGCUAAUCCCAAUUCUAAUCUUCCAUGCAACAAUUUUGUUUGCAUCUGCAGGAUUGUUGCCAUUCUCUUCUAAACAUGUUAUAAUUUUCAACAGACUUAUAACACGUGCAACACUAGUUGUGCACUGUAGGAACAAAGGUGAUGAUAAGGGAGUAAUUUCACUUGGACCUGGAGAUAGCUUUGAUUUUAGAUUUCGUGUUAACCUUCGCAAAACAACGGUAUACACUUGUAGUUUUGUUUGGACUAAUAAUACAGCCACAUUUGAUAUCUUUAGAGCUGAUCGAGACGAUAAUCCGAGAAGCAAAGUUGGAGUUUGCAGCGAAUGUAUUUGGAGCAUUUACGAACUAGUACCGUGUAGAGAUAGACGUGAUGGAGGUCAACCUUACUGUUUUCCAUGGACUUCUUAA